AUGCACUCCCGACUCCUUGUCUCUGGUCUUCCCAAGUCUCUGCCUCCCCUCCCACCGCCUGCCCCUCCCUGCCUUCCCUGUGUCGAGGAGCGGCAGCGCGCCGCUCCUCACUCCUCCUCGUUCCCCCCGACAGAGGCUCCCCUGCAGACACUCCACCUGGAGGUGUGGGGCCCGGCCCGCGUCCGUGGACAGGGCCACGAGUGGUACUUUCUGCUAGUUGUCAACGACUACUCGCGUUACACCACGGUCUUCCCCUUGCGCCGCAACGGGGAGGUCCCUGAUGUUUCGAUCCCUUGGAUCCGCGGUGUUCGUCUCCAGCUCUGCGAGCGGUUUGAGAUGGACCUUCCAGUCCCGCGUCUGCACUCUGACAGAUGUGGUGUUUCCCAGGUAGACCCUGUCGAGCUUGUCGAGGAAGCUGUCGACUCUGGUGCUGCUAGAGGUGGUGCGUCUGGGGGUGCUGAGCCUGCGGAGAGUGCCGAGCCUGGGGGUGCUGAGCCUGCGGGUGUGGAGCCUGGAGGUGCUGAGCCUGAGCGUGCGGAGCGUGGAGGUGCUGAGCCUGGGGGUAGAUGUGCUGAGCUUGGAGGCCCUUCGGGUGGUUUGCUCGGCGCUAGAGCCUCCGGAGUGGUGGUGCUGGAGCUGGAGCUGCUAGAGGUGCUGGAGCCGCUAGUCCCAGAGGUGCUCGUACUAGAGCUGCUAGGGCUGGAGGUACUACUGAAGCUGCUGGAGGUGCUGGUGCUGCUGGAGCUAGAGCUGGAGCUGCUUGAAAUACUGGAGCAGCUGGAGCUGAAGGUGCUUCUAGAGCUGGAGCUUGAGUUGCUGCUGGAGCUGGAGCUGGUGGAGGUACGGGUGCUGUCACUGCUGGUGCUGGAAGUGCUGUGCGACCGCGACCAUACUUCGUUCCACUCCUUUAGUAGGUUCUUGAUGGCACUCCGUCCUUCCUCUAUUCCACUGCGUGUCCCUCUGCCGUCUCCUCCUGCGUCUUCCCUUGCUGACGGUCCGGACGCGGAGUCUGACUCCCUUCGUGCUGCUAGUCCUACUUUCACGCGUCUCCUGGCCACUGUUGUCACUGACCCUUCCUUUGAGUCCACCGCUGCGUCUGCCUUAGUUACUGAGCUUGUCGACUUUGCUGCUCGCUGUCGUCUAGACUACACCGCUAGCCUUGUUGCUGAGCAGGACGACUUUGAGUGCUUUGCAGCUGCUGUACCUCAUCUCGUGUCCAUGCUGAUUGCACCUGAGGGAGACCCGGAUGCACCAGACAUCCUGACCCCGCACUCUUACGCAGAGGCGAUAGAACGUCCCUACUCCUCUCAGUGGCAGUCAGCCAUGGACGCAGAGAUGGCAUCCUGGAAGUCCACAGGCACUUACGUCGACGAGGUUCCCCCACCUGGGGCGAACAUCGUCAGUGGCAUGUGGUUUUUCACGGUGAAGCGGCCGCCGGGUUCUCCGCCUGUCUUCAAGGCGCGUUACGUUGCACGAGGCUUCAGUUAG